CUUGGAAACUUCCCACUCUCUUCUUCUUAUUCGUUUCAUCCACUCACUUCAUCCUCUCUCUCUCUCUCCCACCCUAAAUCUUCUGUAUUUGUUUACUUGUUUCUCUCACUAGAACAAUGGGAAUCUUCGAUGACAGUAGUAGCAAGACACUAUGCGGAAGCAUGACCCUUGGUUCUUCACGUUACGCUCUUAACGGCAAAAUCAUGCGCGCUUCCGUUAUCAUCCUCUUCGUCGCCGUCAUCCUCAUCCUCUGUUUCCACAGCUACGCCAGAUGGCUAUUCCGACGUCAAAACCGCCGUAUUCGCCGCCGUAUCAGUGCUCAUCUCCGAUCUUUAUCCGCCGCUCGAGACCCCACUCAAUCAUCCUCCCACUCUCCUCUCGAUCCGGCCGUGCUCGAGAAGAUCCCGAUCUUCGUCUACUCCGUUAAAACCCACAAAUCUCCGCCGGAGGAGUGCUCCGUUUGCUUGUCGGAGUUCGAAGAAGAAGACGAAGGACGUGUCCUUCCCAAAUGCGGCCACGUGUUCCACGUUGACUGUAUUGACACGUGGUUCCGGUCGAGAUCUAGCUGUCCGCUUUGUAGAGCUCCGGUUCAACCCGAGCAGUCGGUUACCGAAUCCGGUUCGAUGAAUUCAGAACCGGUUGCUCCCGUUUUUCCAUCGGUUAAACCGAUUGAGGAUACGGAAGCCGGAAGCUCGUCUUCAUCGGACGAAUCCGAUUCAUCGACGCCGUCUUCGUCGUCUGGUUCGCCGUUGAGGUUCCCGAUGGAAGCUUGCGAGAGGGAACCGAUUGACUUAGUCGGUAUACUUGUUGAGAUUCCCAGGGAAGUUGACGCUUCUAACUCCGGUUUACCCGGGCACAACGGAUCUAGUAAUCGGGUCUCGAUGAAGAGGCUAUGGAGUAUUUUAUAACUUCCCUGACUCAAAAAUGUUUGAUACUGAAGAAUCCGACCCGGUAAUCGGGGUAACCGGGUGGGCAAGAGCUCGAGUCUUAGUUAUCGGAUAAACCGAACCGGUA